AUGCGGCGACCGAAUCAGAUGGAGGCGGAGUUGAGGCGACGCGACAGCGAGACGACGCAGCACGGCAGGAGCCUACGGGACGGAGGCUGGAAGCUGCAGUCAGAAGCGGUCAAGAUAACCUGUUCCCUUGUGUGUGCUGUGUUUGUGGCUGUCAUUGGAUCCCUCCAGUAUGGCUACAACACCGGAGUCAUCAAUGCGCCCGAGGAGAUCAUAAAGAGCUUCUUCAACGAGACGUGGGCUGAACGGACAGGAGCCCCCAUGUCCACCAACCUCUUGACAUCGCUGUGGUCUCUCUCUGUGGCAAUCUUCUCAGUAGGAGGGAUGAUUGGCUCUUUUUCUGUUGGACUUUUUGUCAACCGAUUUGGCAGGAGAAAUUCAAUGCUGAUGGUGAACGUUCUGGUCAUCGUGGGUGGUAUUCUGAUGGGAUUUUCUAAACUGGCAAAGGCGAUGGAGAUGUUCAUAGUAGGCCGCUUCAUCGUUGGCCUCUUCUGUGGUCUCUGCACGGGCUUUGUGCCCAUGUACAUCAGUGAGGUCUCUCCCACUGCUCUGCGAGGGGCUUUUGGCACCCUGAACCAGCUGGGUGUCGUCAUUGGCAUCCUGGUGGCACAGGUCUUUGGCUUGAAUGUCAUCCUGGGGACGGAAGCCCUCUGGCCACUGCUGCUGGGCUUCACCGUCCUCCCGGCCAUCCUGCAGUGCGCAGCAUUGCCCUUCUGCCCGGAGAGUCCGCGCUUCUUGCUGAUCAACAGGAUGGAGGAGGAGAAGGCGAGAGCAGUUCUCCAAAAGCUCCGUGGCACCCUGGAUGUGUCCGCUGAUAUCCAGGAGAUGAAGGACGAAAGCGCCAAGAUGUCCCAGGAGAAGAAGGUGACCAUCCCCGAGCUCUUCCGUUCCCCCAGCUACCGCCAGGCCAUCAUCAUCGCCAUCGCGCUCCAGCUCUCCCAGCAGCUCUCGGGCAUCAACGCGGUGUUCUACUAUUCUACGGGGAUCUUCAGAGAUGCUGGAGUCAAGGAGCCCGUCUAUGCAACCAUUGGGGCUGGCGUGGUCAACACUGUCUUUACAGUUGUGUCGCUCUUUCUGGUGGAGCGUGCAGGACGCCGGACACUCCACCUGGUUGGCUUGGGAGGCAUGGCGGUCUGUGCAGCUAUCAUGACUGUGGCCUUGGUGUUGAAGGGCAUUGUAUCGUGGAUGAGCUACAUCAGUAUUAUUGCUAUUCUUGCCUUUGUGGCUCUCUUUGAAAUUGGCCCUGGUCCAAUCCCGUGGUUCAUCGUGUCCGAACUCUUCAGCCAGGGUCCUCGUCCUGCGGCUGUGGCUGUGGCUGGUUGCUCCAACUGGACAUCAAACUUCCUGGUGGCCAUGCUCUUCCCCUAUGCAGCGAAAUAUUGUGGUGAUUACGUCUUCAUCAUCUUCAUUGUCUUCCUCGUGUUCUUCUUCUUCUUCACCUUCUUCAAAGUCCCUGAGACCAAAGGCCGGACUUUUGAUGACAUCUCCAGUGGUUUUGAGAGGCGAGCAGAGGAUGGCGUUGUCACAGCAACUGUGGAAAAAGGCCCCGUGAUGGAAAUGACCAGUAUACAGCCUGUGAAAGAUGUUGCUGUAGGUAUUUAACGUCUGUUCUUGACACUCAUACAGGUGGGGAGCUCCAUGUCAAGAGAGGCUAAGCCUCUUGCAAAACACCGAAGCGAGUCUGUUGCAGGAACCCCGUUUCCCACCCUGGACGUCAUGACGGCAAAGCUAACCCCACCCCCUUUUUCCUGCUACGCGUCUGUGGAGACCUGAGAAGAAGAAUAAUUCUUGCUCAGUGUUUUGUGUGUGUGUUUUAAAAAGCUACAUUUACCUUGAAUUGUUACAUGGGGUUAACAUGUUUGUUGCCUGUAUUGGUCAGUUUUGGCUUUGGAGCAAAUUACUUUUUCUUAAGUGGGCUAAAGCAACCAAGCAACUCCUCUGCCCUGUCUCUUGCCAGAGUGUUUUCUACUGUGUGACUGUGAGGAUGUUGUGUUGCAAGACUGUGGCAAUUAAUUUAAGUGAAAAAAAGAAGCCAUGGCUGUGUUUCCUUUAUCCUCAGGAAAUGGGACCAAUGUGCAAGAGAUCUUUUUUCUCCUUUUUGGGGGGACUGGUUGUAAAAUUUUAUUUGCGUGAGUUUAUUUCUGUGUCACUUGGCUUAUAAAUAUUAUUUUUUUAACGUAAAAAUACCAUCCUAUGUAAAUAUUGACCAGGAAAAAUGUUUUAAGAGAAAUAGCUAUUUUACAAAAUGCUGCUGUGAAUUGAGAUGUGUCUGUAAAGGCAGGCCCUGAAACACCAAAGAGAGAAAAGAAAGGGGAAGGAGUCUCCAGAGGGGUGCCAGACCUUAACUGGGUGACUCUGGUCUCCUUGAAGGGGUAGGUUCUGUGCAGAAUACAGCCAUAGGGCCGCUGUACUGGGCCCACCAAAAUACUUGGCACUAAGAAUUGCUGGGAAAUUGUGAUAAUGUGUCAGUGUUGGCUGUGUUGACUUGAUUCCUCUUCACAAAGAAAUGAGACCAUUUAUUUUAGUCUGUUGGGAAGGGACUGACUUUCCCAUUGCUGCUAUUGUGUGAAGACUUAAGUGGGAAGGGAAACAUGCCUGUCCAUCCAUCAUCACGGGAUGGUGGCAGAGAGACUCUUCUGUAGAGAAUGCGCUGUGAUUUCUCAUUCAUGGUUUCAUCACGGGCGGCCUGCGGGCGGCUAAAUUCAAAUAAACUGAGCUGAGUGGCCAGAGUGUCAGGCCAGGCUCGGAACCCCCCCCUCUGCCAGGGGAGUUUGAUGGGCGAAUGAAGAGUGGGGUUGGGGGCACCUGCCCUCCUCUGGUUCGGUAAACCCCGUUCAUCUCUUCAUUACUCCCUGAAACAGAUGUGUUAAUUGGGGGGGGGGACUUCACAAAAACCAUGGGCACUAAAAACAAUAAAACCUCUCCCAGUCUCAUUUUCACAUCUGUACAUGCCCUGGAGGGCAUCCCCUUAUCAUCUAAGUGGAAGGUUGUCUGAAGGCCCCAGCUGACCUGAGCUAAUGUCUUGUGAGACUUGCUCAGUUCCCCUUUCCCCCUAAUCUUAAUGUAGAGAGAGACAGAAGAUAUUUUUGACAGAGAAGCAAAACUAGUUUUUGAACCUGUAUUUUUGCAAUUGAUUAUUUUCAUGAUGAAAUAGUAUGGGCAGCUUCACUGUAAGAGAAACAGAACAAAGUUUGAGUCCAUGGGCACCUUUAAGACCAACAAAGUUUAAUUCUGGGUAGAAGCUAAUCAGCUAGGAUUCUCGAACACUGGAGAAGCAGGGCAUGUUAGAAUUCAGACCAAAGUUUCUAAAAAGUUGGCACAAAAAAAGUAGCGUAAACCUUAGCUUGCAGAGGUCUCAGGUAUGUGCUAAUCAGAAUGAACGUAGAUUUGAGGCUAGGCUGCAGAAACAAAUGAAAUAGCGAAAAAAUCAUCCUUGUUGGAGAGAAAAGUGGGGCAUACAUGUGAUGGAGUGUGGGGGAUUCAAGGCAUUCCAUGGGCAGGGAAACGAAUGAGGCCUUGGGAUGUCACUAAUUAACCUUUCCCCAAUCCAUACUCCAUGAUGGAAUGGGAAAGAAUCUUGAGUCUUGAGAAGGCAUUUAACUAUACCGUAGACCUGAAGGAAUAACAGACUCUCCUUUUUUUUACUGGGAAUGGCUACAGUUCUGAGGAAGGAACUAGAAGUCACAAAUAGUAAAUGUUGGGUGCCCUCAACAAACUGGUUGUUAUGUUUUAAACAGACGUAAGGGUCUAGUGUAGAUAUCAGCAUCACAGGCACUGAUAGGAUCAUCCUUUAAUACAACUGGAAUUGCUGAAAUUCAUAUUUGAAUGUGUGGUUUUUUAAUCGGUUGGGAGGCUCUAGUAGCUUGGUCACAUUUGCUGUCUUGAAGACCUUUUUCUCAAACAAGAUGCAAACCUUUGUGAGAUCAGAUAAUCCUUUGCUUUUUCCUCCUUGGGCAGUUUAGGCAGCCUGACAGAUCCUCCUCAUUUUCCUCCAUAGCAGGCUGUUUAUUGCAUGUGCCAAAAACAUCUUCUCAAGAUUUUUGGUUUUGUGCUGAAAAAUGCACCCGUUUAAGUUCUCUCAAAAUCGUUUCAUCUUAUGCCCAGUCGCCACAUCGGGGUCUGUCUUCAUUCACAACUUUCAUUGUUAAUCCUAUCAAGUCCUGUAAUUCAGGUGCGCUACAGCAGAUUUCCUCCAGACCUUUGACGCCUCCCAAGAAGCAAAAUCGAUUGUGGAUGGAUGGAACGAACCCCUUUUGGCCAAAGCUUUGGUUUGAAAUGUCUGUCAUUUUGUUUUUUUACUGCCUGCAUUGUAAAAAUUUCAGUGGGUUUUAUUAUUGUCACUGUUACAUGUUUUUAAAAUAAAAGU